AUGAUCCGCCCACGGUUUCGACUAAAUGCCAUUUCAACACUGCAGCGGACCGCAACCCAAAGAUGCAGCGUACGGUUCGCUUCCUCGGAAUCGACGGCCGCUCCAAGCUCCACCGCACCCUCGAAGCCGAAGCCGCGCCGCAAACGCCUUCUGUACGCAUGGUACGGCCUCGUCCUCUUCGGCGGCGUCUCUGCCGGCCUCACAAUCCGCAACUUCGUCAGUCCUGCACUCCCUGUGCCCGGAAGCCGCGAAGAUAAAGUGCUGCUCGAUGCACUCAGCUCGGACGCUGAACAACUCGAUGUGGUGAAAUUCAUGCGGUCACAAAUUGCGCCUGUAGAGGAAUCUUCAGACGGCAGCGAACGCAAGGGAUGGGUAGAGCUGGACAUCAAGACGCACAUCACCGAGUCCAAGAACGACGAGGGAGAGCAGACGCGCACGAUAACAAGCCAAACGCUGGCUGGGAGCAAGGGCCUGGGCGUGCAGCGGGCAUUUUGGAAUGCUGACACCAAGGAGUUGGUCGCUGCUGUGUGGAUUGGGAGCGCGAUGAGCGGGUGGCCGAUGAUGGCGCAUGGAGGCGGCAUCGCGACUAUCUUCGAGGACUGCAUGUCGAGGAUGGUCGCAGGACCCGACGCGUCGAUCGACUCAAUCGCACGGCCCACGUCGAUGAGCAUCACCUACGCGAAACCCACGUUCAGCACAAAUUUCUACAUACUCCGUGCGAACUACUCAAGACCGAAUCUCCCACAGGCUGCCCCGCCGGUAGACCCCGAACCGCAGCCCGCAAAGUCGUGGCUCCCUUCAUGGAAGGACCUCACAAAGAAGGAACAGCCUAUAGAGGCGAAGAAGACGGUGGAGAUUAUUGGCACGCUGGAAAGCGUAGACGGGGAGCUGUGUGUAAGAGUGAAGGGGACAUUCCCUGUGUCGGGUUGA